CUCAGCCUCGGGCCAGAGACAUGCUGGACGCUGGCGUGAUCGUCGCUUUCGGCAGCGACUUCAACCCAAACGCCUACUGCUGCUCCAUGCCGAUCGUCAUGCACCUGGCCUGCGUCAAUAUGAGGAUGUCCAUGCCCGAGGCUUUGGCCGCGACCACCAUCAAUGCAGCCUACGCCCUCGGACGCUCCCACACACACGGAUCACUGGAGGUCAACAAACACGGAGACCUGCUGGUCCUCAACACCACACGAUGGGAGCAUCUGAUCUACCAGCUGGGAGGACAUCAGGAGCUCAUCCGUUACGUUGUCAUCAAGGGCAACGUCGUCGUUGAUAACGACAAAACCACGGACUUAUAACCAGAGAAGAACUGGUGGAGGCGCCAUCAAUAACUCUGAUAGAAAGCUCCUUGGUAUGGCUUUCUCGAUGACGCUUUACCAACAGAUCCACUGGGCAGGAAAGAGGUAUGACGCCUGAUGGGAUUAACACGAUUUUUCCAACGUGUUAAUAUUAGUUACAUAUUCACUUUUAUGUCAUAGUAAAAACAAGCCAGUUACAAUAUGUGCCACUAAACCCUUUUAUUUCACAUUCGUUCAGUCUGUUAAACUAGUGUUUCUAAUGGGUAGCAUUUGUAUUGUAAUGUCUGUUGUUAUUUUUAAUUUUUGAGAUUUGCCUCUGACAUUCAAAACAUAGAUAAAGGACUGAGUAUUUGGUUGUUAAAGGCCAUGCCUAUGGAAAGACACCAUUUUGAAUAAAAGCAUUCUUCAUAAAUAAAAUUUAAUGUGGUCUCUCGGAUUUAUAAUUA